GCAGUAUGUUUUCGCGACACUGAGACUUUACGCGAAGUGUUUUCGUUAGUUUUUUGGAAAAAUAUUGAACAUUUGAAGCCAAUUGUGUAGGUAAGACGAUGAUAACUUGGGCAUCUACGUGCAAGCUAUGAAGAUAAAUGCAGAGUACAUGUAGGAACAAAGACCAAUCACAGCUGUUGCACAUUACACUCAUCGACACAUACAUUCCUCCCUCGUGCAGCACCUCAGUCAGCAUUGAGUAUGGUGCCAGCUGUAUGCAUGUACAUCACACUACCAACAGAGUAUAAAUAGGACCCAGCCAAGUUAGCAUUCCAUUUGCCACGUACACGUCUGGCAACCAUCCAUUAGGCUUGAGAGUAUCGUGAUUAAUUAUUGAACACAUAAUUGCGAAUCAACACUGGAUCAUACAUUGUAACAUUGUACUGUAGGCAUUGUUCAGUUCAUCACAGGAAACUGAUCCGAAUUUUGUUUGAGGAGUGGUGAUAUAACAAGCAAACUCUUCCAACUAUGGCUAUCUUUCAUGCAUCCAUCGUCAAAGAUCAAAAGAGGACUUCAUCAUAAAUACUCAUCGCUCUCUUAGGAAUGCAUGUCAUGGCAAUACGAAGGACAUCUUAACAGCAGACAUUAAAACUCUUGUUUGAAAGUGCUUUUUUCAAGUUAGAAUUUCACGAUGAACCAGUAUCAGCUUCAAAAGCAACUGGGAGAUGGGACGUAUGGGAGUGUUAUUCUCGGCUGCAGGUUCGAUAAUGGAGAGAAAGUCGCCAUCAAAAAAAUGAAAAAGAAGUUUUAUUCAUGGAAUGAAUGCAUGGAGCUGAGAGAGGUCAAGUCUCUGAAAAAGUUGAACCAUGCAAACAUUGUCAAGUUGAAGGAAGUGGUUCGGGAAGACAACAUUCUUUAUUUUGUGUUUGAGUACAUGCAAGAGAAUCUUUAUGAACUAAUGAAAGGAAGGGUUAAAUUAAUAGCGGAACCAGUUAUCAGGAAUAUUGUUUACCAAAUUCUCCAAGGACUAGCGUACAUCCACAAAAAUGGAUUCUUCCAUCGAGACAUGAAGCCUGAGAAUCUGUUAUGCUGUGGACCUGAACUCAUUAAGAUUGCUGAUUUCGGUCUAGCGAGAGAGACCAGAUCCCGCCCUCCAUACACAGACUAUGUGUCAACAAGAUGGUAUCGAGCACCGGAGGUCCUACUACGCUCCACCAAGUACAGCUCACCGAUUGAUAUGUGGGCAGUAGGAUGCAUCAUGGCCGAGCUUUAUACGUUAAGGCCUUUAUUUCCUGGUAGUAGUGAGGUAGAUGAGAUAUUCAAGAUCACUACGAUAUUGGGCACCCCUAAGAAGGAGGAAUGGGUAGAGGGAUACAGGUUAGCAUCCCAGAUGAACUUCAAGUUUCCUCAAUGCGUAGCCAUGCCGCUCAAGACAAUCAUACCCAACGCAAGUCCCGAAGCUCUUCAACUCAUACGUGACAUGCUUGCCUGGGAUCCCCAGAAGAGACCCACGGCAGCUCAAUGUCUAAAAUACAAGUACUUUCAAGUUGGCGUAGGUGAGCUUGGUGCCAAAGUUCAGCCGUCCACUCGACAACAGCAGCAGCCAAAUCAAUUACCACAAAGGGAAGCACCCAAUCAAAGCUCUGCAAAGAGGAGAGUCGUAGCGGAACAGAAACCAGCGCAAAGCCCUCUCCCCAAAGUACAACCCAAGAAGGAAAAUGCCCCUCCCAAGGACAGUAUGGACGAUUUCUUCGCCAAUUUGGGAAAGUCCAAAGAGGUGGAACCCUCAAAACCCGUGAAUGUCGGAAACAAGAGCGGGAGGAGAAAGUGGGAAACGGUGAAGAAGGUGGAAGACAGUUGGGGUGAUGAUUUUGAUUUGGAUGAAAGUCGGGGGUUCGGUGGUAGCAGUGCCAAGACUAAGAAGAUAGGAGGAUUGAAAAGCAAGGCGUUACCUACAAUUGGUGCAGGAAAUGCAGUCGGGAAGAAGGCCUCAUUAGAUUGGGAUGAUGAUGAUGACUUUUUAAGGAGUCCACCUAAGCAUAGAGUAGGUCAUUUGUCAACAAGAAACCAACCUGGAGUGGCUAGGGUGGGACUAGAGUCUGGAAAAUCCUCUGCUUCAUCUGCUAAACAGUUCUAUAUGGGCAAGGCUAGAUAUGUACCAGGUAUGAAUGUGAAGAGUCCGAGGAAGGAAUCGGGCCAUGGUUUACCUGCUCUCAAAGGUGUAGCCUCAGGUAGUGCUCAUAGAACUAACUUAAUAGGAUCUAAUUACGCAAGAAGACCAGAUAACAACUUUGGUGGUGGUGGAGGAGGAGGAGGGAGCUACAUGCCAUCAUUUUCAUCCAAACCAGACAGCUCUACAAGAAUAGGAGGCUAUAAUGAACCAUGGAAGACAUCAAAAGCAGGAGUAACAAAUACAUUUGGAGCAGGAAGGAACAACGGGCUAAGAGCACAACCUGUACACGGUAGAACAGAUUGGGCAUCCAAGUAUGGAGGCGUGCGGUAAUAUUCAGCCGAAGUUCGAUCUAAAGAGUGCAAUCAAUCAAUUGAGGAUUAUAGAACAAGAUCAUCGUAUUAAAUAUCAAUGUUGGAGACAUGGCAGGACCAUCCAUGCGGUUUGUGGAAAUGAAAUCACUCAUUCGGCUCACUCAGAAUUGCAUCUGACAAGGGUUAGAUGUGUUAAGGCUGCCAAGUUGUAGCAGUGUCACUGAAAGUGUGUACCGGUACUCUGAAUCUUAGGUCCACUCAUAAAUAUUCAUGGUGGUGUUUAAUUAAUGUGUAAACUUGUAGCUUUUACAUUACACAACUUUCUCCUUACACUGAAUGCUCAUGUCUCGUUUAAGAAAUGUUCAAUUAGAUCUUGCAGUACUGGAGUUUGUAUCUUCUCAGUAUCACCUUGACUACAGUUUGAAAUGUUGUAAUUAUAUCAAAAGUCUGCAGAUGCGAUCUUUUUAAAAUGCAAAAUAAAUAAAUAUUCAAUAAUUUCAAUAAAGCAAUGCAUAGCUUAAAUUUGUACAGUAUUUUGUCUGAAAAUCAGAGUUAUAUGCCUUGGGGUAUAUUGUUGAAUACGCUAAAGUCAGGCUACUAGUUGCAGUACUUCACAGCCUGCCUAUUCAUGAGACAGUUAUAUAAACUUUUUUUGUAAAUAUGUGCCUGUUGUCUAUUUCAAAUAAUUUCAAUAAUCAUGACUUUACAAAGUCAAAGAAAAAUAAAAACUGUAGAAAUAAAAUUGUAACUUUGCAGAAUCGCAACACAUCAGCUUCAUUAAGAAUGAACAGAAUUACCAUAUUCCUAUUCUAAAACUGUAUGUGAAUAACUUGUAUGUACAAUGUAAAAGUGUUAUCACUGAUAAGACGUUAGUAUUGUCAACUCUUUUUGAUGAGAAAUAAUGCUUUUAAGUCUUGUAAGUACUAAGCUGUAUGAAAUGGUUGAUUGAUCUGAUAUUCUGAUCUCAUGUAUAUGUACAGCUUGUCUGAUUUCCUAUUGCCUUAUUGAACUCUAUAAAAGUAGGUGCUUUAUAUUCUACAUACAAUGAGACCAGGAGGUGGAGGGGGAGGGGGGGGUGUUAAAGAAAGAUGUAGAGAAAAAUGGGACCUAUGUUUUUACAUAUACACUGUACAUACAAUGUGCAGGUUUAUAUCGUACACGUAGUUUCCUGCAUAAAAGUUACCAUUAUGGAAGAGUUUUCCUGUGGAAUCCUUGAUUUUGGUUGGCCGUUGGUAGUUUCCAUUGGAUGGCAAAGUUUAUUUUUGAUGAAUUUUGUGCAACCGGGUCCAGGAGUCUGAUGCAAAGUGAGGUGUGUUUAUUCACGAGUAAGAUUUGAAACAGAAAUCAAAUGCAAGUCCCAAAUGUGCGCUUGUGAGUCCCAUCAUACAAAGAGUUGUGAUUGAUCAAAUCAACCACAACUAUGGAAAGCCAGCAACAUCAACAUCUCAAAUGCCUGUUUCUUUAAAAGAUUUUCUAGAUUGGCUGUAUAUUCAUACAUGCAAUGUUUUCUUGAAAAUUCAGUGUGCUUCUCUUUGUUUACAAAGGACACUGUGCAAAUUU